CCACCAGCACGUACCGGGUCAGCUUGCUGAGGACCAAAGCCUAUUCCUAGGAGAGAGACCAAGGAGAAUGGCCCCUGGGAGCCAGAGACGCUCAUUCCAGGAGUUGGUGACAUUCAAGGAUGUAGUUGUUGAAUUCACUGAGGAGGAGUGGGGCCUCUUGGACCAUUCUCAGAAAGAGCUGUACAAAGAGGUCAUACUGGAGAAUAUCAAGAACCUGCUGUCCCUGGAUUUAGAGACCAGGUUCAAAGCAAAUGAGGUGACUAGAAAUCGUGGAAUUUUUCUGGAUAAAUGUGACCUGCAGAGAUUCCUGAGUGAUGGUGCCUGGGAUGUCAAGUUGAGAGAAAUCCAUGAUUCUAAUAUAAAGUUAGAUAAAAAUCCAAAGACUGACUGUGAAUUUGAUGAAAUUGGAAACAGAUACAGACAGUCUUCUAUCCUAAAUCACAGUAAGAAAAUGACUUCAAGGAAUGACUCUGUUCAGGAUAGUGAAUAUAGCAAAUGCUUGACUGAACAGGCAGAGCAUUUUCAGUCCCGUGAGAAGCCUCCUGAAAUGGCAGUGUAUCCAGGUAAUCAAUGGGAAAUGGCCUGGAACUGGAGUUCGGAUCUCAUGAGAAAUCAGAAAAGUGACACUGGAGAAAUGCUUUCUGCAAGGAAUAAAGGUGGGAAGGACUUGAGUCAGAACUCUAAGCUCAUUACUCAUCAGCAAAUUCCCAUUAGAAAGGAACCUGAUGAAUACAAUGAAUGUGAAGCAACCUCAUCCCAUCACUCAUCUCUUCCUUGCCAGCCUAGAUUUCACCCUGGAAUGAAAAGUUAUGCAUGUCCUGAGUGUGGGAAGGCCUUUGGUUGGAAUUUAGAUCCUGAUAGAUUUCAUGAGAUUCAUACUGGGGAGAAGUUUUAUGAAUGUCAUGAAUGUGGGAAAGCUAUCUGCUACAGAUCACUCCUUAUUGGUCAUGAGAGAAUCCACAGGGGAGAGAAACCUUUUGAAUGUAAUCAAUGUGGAAAGACUUUCAGAAAGAACUAUCUUGCUGUCCAUCAAAGAGUCCACACUGGAGAGAAGCCUUAUGAAUGUAAUCAAUGUGGAAAGGCUUUCACAAGGAAGGAGAGUCUUGCUGCCCAUCAGAGAAUCCACAGUGGAGAGAAGCCUUUUGAAUGUAAUCACUGUGGAAAGUCUUUCAGAACAAGCUCCCAACUUGCUGGACAUCAAAGGAUCCACAGUGGAGAGAAACCUUAUGAAUGUAAUCAAUGUGGAAAGGCUUUCAGAGGCAGGGGCAGUCUUGCUGCACAUCAGAGAAUCCACAGUGGAGAGAAACCUUAUGAAUGUAAUCAAUGUGGAAAGGCUUUCAGAGAGAGGGGCAGUCUUGCUGCACAUCAGAGAAUCCACAGUGGAGAGAGACCUUUUGAAUGUAAUCAGUGUGGAAAGACUUUCAGAACCAGCUCCCGUCUUGUUGCCCAUCAGAGAAUCCACACUGGAGAGAAACCUUUUGAAUGUAAUCAAUGUGGAAAGACUUUCAUAGAGAGGUACCAUCUUGGUGCCCAUCAGAGAAUCCACACUGAAGAGAAACCUUAUGAAUGUGAUCACUGUGGAAAGGCUUUUAGAAACAGGAACAAACUUGGUGCUCAUCAGAGAAUCCACACUGGAGAGAAACCUUAUCAAUGUAAUCACUGUGGAAAGGCUUUCACAGACAGAGGCAAUCUUGCUGUACAUCAGAGAAUUCACACUGGAGAGAAACCUUAUGAAUGUAAUCAAUGUGGAAAGGCUUUCAGAGAGAGGGGCAGUUUUGCUGCCCAUCAGAGAAUCCACAGUGGAGAGAAACCUUUUGAAUGUAAUCAGUGUGGAAAGACUUUCAGAAGGAGUUCCCAUCUUGUUGCCCAUCAGAGAAUCCACACUGGAGAGAAACCUUUUGAAUGUAAUCAAUGUGGAAAGACUUUCAUAGAGAGGUACCAUCUUGGUGCCCAUCAGAGAAUCCACACUGAAGAGAAACCUUAUGAAUGUAAUCAGUGUGGAAAGGCUUUAACAAACAGGAAUAAACUUGGUGCCCAUCAGAGAAUCCACACUGGAGAGAAACCUUAUGAAUGUGAUCAAUGUGGAAAGGCUUUCAGAGACAGGGGCAGUCUUGCUGCACAUCAGAGAAUCCACAGUGGAGAGAAACCUUUUGAAUGUAGUCAGUGUAGAAAGACUUUCACAGACAGGUACCAUCUUGCUGCCCAUCAGAGAAUCCACACUGGAGAGAAACCUUAUGAAUGUAAUCAGUGUGGAAAGGCUUUCAGACAGAGGUGCCAUCUUGCUGCCCAUCAGAGAAUCCACACAGGAGAGAAACCUUAUGAAUGUAAUCUAUGUGGAAAGGCUUUCAGAGACAUGGGCAAUCUUGCUGGCCAUCAGAGAAUCCACACUGGAGAGAAACCUUAUGAAUGUAAUCAGUGUGGAAAGGCUUUCAGACAGAGGUGCCAUCUUGCUGCCCAUCAGAGAAUCCACACUGGAGAGAAACCUUAUGAAUGUAAUCAAUGUGGAAAGACUUUCAUACAGAGGGGCCAUCUUGCUGCACAUCAGAGAAUCCACGCUGGAGAGAAACCUUAUAAUCACUGUGAAAUGGCUUUCAGAUACAUGGGCAAUCUUGCUGGCCAUCAGAGAAUCCACAGUGGAGAGAAACCUUUUGAAUGUAGUCAGUGUAGAAAGACUUUCAUAGACAGGUACCAUCUUGCUGCCCAUCAGAGAAUCCACACUGGAGAGAAACCUUUUGAAUGUAAUCAGUGUGGAAAGACUUUCACAGACAGGUACAAUCUUGCUGCCCAUCAGAGAAUCCACACUGGAGAGAAACCUUAUGAAUGUAAUCAUUGUGGAAAGGCUUUCAGAGACAUGGGCAAUCUUGCUGGCCAUCAGAGAAUCCACACAGGAGAGAAACCUUAUGAAUGUAAUCUAUGUGGAAAGGCUUUCACAGUGAGGCAGAAACUUGCUGCCCAUCAGAGAAUCCACACUGGAGAGAAACCUUAUGAAUGUAAUCAGUGUGGAAAGGCUUUCAGACAGAGGUGCAAUCUUGCUGCGCAUCAGAGAAUCCACACUGGAGAGAAACCUUAUGAAUGUAAUCACUGUGGAAAGGCUUUCAGAGACAUGGGCAGUCUUGCUGGCCAUCAGAGAAUCCACACAGGAGAGAAACCUCAUGAAUGUAAUCUAUGUGGAAAGGCUUUCACAGUGAGGCAGAAACUUGCUGCCCAUCAGAGAAUCCACACUGGAGAGAAACCUUAUGAAUGUAAUCAGUGUGGAAAGGCUUUCAGACAGAGGUGCAAUCUUGCUGCCCAUCAGAGAAUCCACACUGGAGAGAAACCUUAUGAAUGUAAUCUAUGUGGAAAGGCUUUCACAAUGAGGCAGAAUUUUGCUGCCCAUCAGAGAAGCCAUACUGGAGAGAAACCUUAUAAAUGUAAUCACUGUGAAAUGGCUUUCAGAGACAUGGGCAAUCUUGCUGCACAUCAGAGAAUCCACAGUGGAGAGAAACCUUUUGAAUGAAAUCAACGUGGAAAGACUUUCAGAAAGAGCUUUCAUCUUGAUACACAUCAGACAAUCCACAAUGGAGAGAAACCUUUUGAAAGUAAUCAGUGUGGAAAGGCUUUCAUAAUGAAAUGCUGUCUUGCUGCAUAUCAGAUAAUCUACACUGGAUUGAAGCCUUUUGAAUGUAAUUAGUGUGGAAAUGAUUUUGCACAGAGAUACAUUCUUGCUGCACAUUAGAGAAUUUACACAGCCAAGAAGCCUUAUGGAUGUAAUCAAUAUGGAAAGACUGUUAGAUAGUCCUCCAAUCUUGCUACUCACCAGAAAAUCCACUCUGGAGAGAGACCUUUUGAACGUAAUCAAUGUGGAAAGUCUUGCACACAGACCUACCAUCUUGCUUUACAUCAGAGAAUUCACGCUGGGGAAAAACCUAAGAAUAUAAUUAAUGUGGAAAGUCUUUCACACAGAGCUCCAAUAUUAUUAGGCAUCAAAUAAUAGAUACUGAAAAGAAGUCUUAUGAAGGUAGUCAAUGUGGAAUGAUUUCCCACUGAGCUUAGAUUUUGUUAAACAUCAGAGAAUCCCUACUGGAGACCAACCUCAUGAAUGUCAUGAAUGUGGCAAAGCUUUUAGUUAACACUCUUAACAUAUGUAACAAGAGGUUCUACACUGGGGAGAAGUCUUAUGAAUACAAUCAAGGUGGUGAUGCCUUCAGGCAACAAUUACGUCCUAUUUCCCAUCUCAGAAUACUUAUAUGAGAGAGAAAUCUGAUAAUUGUCAGGAAGAAGGAAAGGCAUUCAGAUGGAGUUCAGACCUUAAGGAUUAGAGAAACUAUUCUGAGGACCAGUUACCUAUGAACUGAGUGUGGGGAGGCUUUCAGCAAGAGAUCAUCUCUAACUUUCUAUCAGAGGCUUCACUGUGGAAAGAAGCCUCACAAAUGGGCUAAUGGGGCCUGUGCUUUUCUCUGGAGGAGGGUGUUCAGGAGACGACCUUAUUCCUACGGGAAUGAAGGUGAAUGAAGGCAAUUGUUUUGGGAAGGCUUUCCCCUAGAAUUCCUAAUUGACUGUACUUUGGAGAAAUCGUGCUGGAGACAAAGCCUUGGGAUCUAAUUACCAAGGGAAGGCCGUCCUCCUGCAGCACAGACUCAUUAGACCUCCCAACAAAAGAGACCUCAUUAAACAUCCCCAAAUUCCAUCCUCCACAUAAAGCCCUGUACAUGUUUUUUCUCUGAAAUCCCAACGUUUGUCAUCCCUCAUCAAUAUUUCAUGACAUUCAUAGCCUUCAUUUCUUCAGCCAUUCCCCCAUUAAUUGAUACUCACUUUGCUUCCUGUUUGCUGGCAAAAAAAUUCCUUCUUUAAAUGUUUUGGUACCUGUUGGACAUUAAAUUCUGUAAUGCUUUCUUUAAGGGGCUAGGUGACGCGAUGAAUGGAGUGCUGUCCUUGGAACCACAAGGCCUGAAUUCCAGUUCAGUCUCUGGCACUUUCUACUUGUAUGUCCCUGGGCAAGGCAUGUCCCCUAAUCCUGCCUGAGUUUCUUCAUCUGUAGAAUGGGGAUAAUAAGGGCAUCUACCUCUGGAAGAGUGAGGUGAGGAUUUAAUUAAACAAUAUUUGUUAAAUGCUUUUCAAACAUUAAAUCACUAUGGAAAUA